AUGAAGGUGGAGGAAGAGCUGAGGAGCGGCGGCGGAGCGGUGAGCGGUGCUCGGGCCAGCAACGACUGCUGCAUCACCAGACUGCUGAGCGUCGUGGAGAGCGAGUUACAGGCCGGUCGAGAGAAGGGAGACCCCACUGAGAAACAGCUCAAAGUCACCCUGGAAGAUUCUGAACUCUGGAGGAAAUUCAAAGAAUUGACUAAUGAGAUGAUUGUGACCAAGAACGGCAGGAGGAUGUUUCCAAUUCUGAAGGUCAGCGUGACGGGUCUGGAUCCCAACGCCAUGUAUUCGUUCCUCUUGGACUUCAGUCCUGCAGACGGGCACCGCUGGAAGUACGUGAACGGCGAGUGGGUCCCUGCGGGCAAACCUGAGCCUCACAGUCACAGCUGCGUCUACAUCCACCCCGACUCGCCCAACUUCGGUGCCCACUGGAUGAAAGCUCCGGUGUCCUUCAACAAAGUCAAACUGACCAACAAACUCAACGGAGGUGGCCAGAUCAUGCUGAAUUCUCUCCAUAAGUACGAGCCUCAUCUUCACAUUGUUGAGACUUCUUUCAAAAACAUUAAAAAAAUGAGUUCUGGAUUUGAGGUUUGUCUCAUGCACAAAGCUUUUUCUCUCUGUAGGAGCCAUCCUAAGAAUCAUCUAGAACCUCCAGCUGAAAACCAGCAUGUGGGCAUACCGCACUGCGGAUGGUUCAUAUCAAACCCAGACACUCUGUGUUCUGCUAGUGGUGGUAACUUUCCGUACCCAGGAGGUUUACCACUUAAUCCCCACCAUGGGUACAAACACUACCCAAGCCUGCACGGGCACCGAGCAACCCCGUACCCAUCACCCUACCUGCCCCACCAUCAUCACCACCGUGGCCAUAACUCAGUGGCUCUGUCUGAGAAUCUGAGUCCAGGUGCUGUGCAGAUGUUCUCCGGUCACGAGGGCUGGACAGGUGUGUCUCCUUCUGGUCCUGCUGCGAUGCUGUCUAUGCAACCUGCUCCAAGCUCAGCCGGAGCCAGCAGUCAGUAUCCAUGCCUGUGGACUGUGAGCAGCUGCACUGUAUCAUCCAGUCCUCCAGGGGGCAUUGUGAGCUCCACACAUAGCCAGGAGGAACCCACAGAUGGAGGGUCCACCUCAACAUCACCCUGCUCUUUACUGCAGGGCCACGGACCAACCAGCUCUGAGGGUGGUGUAGAUCAAGCCAAUCACAGUAGGCUAGGCAGGGUGAGCUGGUCUUCUGUCUCCACCCACUCAUUUUGA